AUGUUAAAAUCACAUAUUAUUAUUUUAAUCUUAAACUUCUACCUUUUGUUAAUAGAUAAUUUUUCAAAAUGUGAAAAAAUUAGUAUAACUAAUUUAGAUUCUCAUUUAUAUAGAACAAAACGAGCAAUUUUUAAAAAUAGUAAAUACUUUUUAGGAAAAAUGCCAAUUAAAUAUAAUACAACAACAUCAAUUAAAAAUUUUAAUUUAGAAAAAGCUUUGAAAAUGAUAGAAAAAGAUACUUGUAUAACUUUUAAAAAAGUAGAUUUAAUACCAGAAAAUUCACAAGGAUUUAUGUAUCAAACAAAUUUAGCAAAUUUUACUUUUUGUGGUCCACAAUAUCCAGAUAAACCACAAAUUAUUUUUUUGUCAAAAGAAUGUAAUGAUGAUGUUGGAUGUCACCUUCGACAAACAGCUUUAUCUAUAGGAUUAGUAUAUCAAUUUAAUAGACCAGAUAGGGACGAUUACAUAACUGUAAAUGUAAGCAAUGCAUAUUGGUGGGUUUAUGGUGGAGGAGUAUUAGAAACUAUAUUUUCUGAAAAUGAAAUUAAUUUAUAUAAUACAUCUUAUGAUUUUGGUUCAAUAACACAGUUAAAUGGUUAUGAAUAUAGUAAUAAUAGUAAACUUGUAAUAAAAUCAAAAAUACCAGAAUAUAAAAAUAUGAUGGGACAAUAUUAUAAAUUAAGUUUUAAUGAUGCUAAACUAUUAAAUCAUGAAUUAUGUAAAGGAAUAUGUGUAAAUAAUUUGAAAAAAUGUAAAAACAAUGGUUAUCAAGAUCCUAAAAAAUGUUAUAAAUGUCGAUGCCCAAAUGGAUUUACUGGAAAAUAUUGUCAAAGUGUUAAAGAAUCAAAUAAAAAAUGUGGUAGUCAAAUAUUAAGUGCAAAAAAAAUUUCUAAAACAUUAACAAAUUCAGGAAAUCGUAUUUGCAAUUAUCACAUUAAAUCACAAGUAGGAACUAGAAUUGAAAUAGAUUUAAAAUCUGUAAAUACAACAGAAAUAAUUCCAUGUUUUGAAAAUAUGGGUUUAGAAAUUAAGUAUCGCUUAGAUAAAGGUACAACUGGAUUAUGUCUUUGUGGAAAAUAUGAAAAUAUUAAAUUAAUUUCUGAUGACAAUACUGUUUUAAUUUCAUAUAAUGGUAAAAAUGAAAAGCAUAAUUUCAUUUUAAAAUAUAAACAAAUUUAA